AUGCAGCACACGCCUCUUGUCACGAUGCAGAAAUCUAAUCACCAUCUUUUGGCCACCAGCGCGCUCAAAGAUGCCAUGGGCGCCGAGAUGAAAAACCGACACGUGCCUGUCUACGUAAAAAUGAUGGCUGGUAUGGCUGGUGGCGUUGCAGAGGCAUGUAUUCUUCAACCAUUGGACGUCACCAAGACACGUCUGCAAUUAGACCGUACAAGCCAAUAUAAGGGCAUGGUGCAUUGCGGCUCAACAAUUUACAAGACGGAGGGCGGGUUGGCACUAUACAAAGGUCUGACACCUUUUGUGACGAAUAUGGUUCUCAAGUACGCAUUGCGAUUUGGCUCGUUUGCGUGGUUUAAAGAGCAAAUUGCUGGUGGCAAGGACAAACCCAUUACAUCUACCACCAACUUUACCGCUGGACUACUUGCGGGUUGCAUCGAGUCGGUCAUCAUUGUCACGCCGUUUGAAGUGAUUAAAACGCGUAUGCAAAAAGAAGUGGGUGUUGGUCGGUUUAGUGGCCCAAUCGACUGUACGCACCACAUUAUACGCAAUGAAGGCGUGCGUGCUCUUUGGAAAGGAAAUAUUCCGACCAUGGCACGUCAAGGAAGCAAUCAAGCAUUCAACUUUAUGGCCUUUGCAUGGCUUAAUCAUCACGUGUGGGAUAAGCAAGACGGCGAUGGUAAGACGCUACCGACCUAUGCCACAGUAAUCAAUGGUCUCAUCGCUGGUUCGCUUGGACCUAUGUGCAACACGCCAAUGGAUGUCUUAAAGACGCGACUGAUGGCGCAGGAGACUGUGGCAGGUCAGGAACCCAAGUACAAGGGAUUCUUUGACGCGAUGAAAGUCAUUUCGAGAGAAGAAGGGGUGAUGGCGCUUUGGAAGGGCCUUCUCCCGCGUCUAACGAGAAUGGCACCUGGUCAAGCCAUUACGUGGUCUGUUGUCAUGCGUGUGACGUCGAUCUUUGAGAAUCAGGAGCUUGAACUUGGAGAAAACAAGAUGAAGAUGUAG